ACUACUGGAGGCGUGUCAGCUAUGGAGCUAUAAAUAUUGAGUUCAACAGAAGCUUUUACAUUCAUCUUUCUCACCUCUGCCGGGACAAUACUUCAAAUAAAAUAUGGCUUUAUUUCCACAAGAGGCUGACUUGAGGAUUGUGUUGAUUGGAAAAACUGGUGUGGGAAAAAGUGCUGUUGGGAACACCAUCCUGGGAGAAAAAGUUUUCAUUUCUUCUCCCAGUUCAGAGUCCGUGACUGUAUAUUGUGAACAACAUGUGAUGAAGCUCGGUAACAGAGUAGUUAGUGUGGUAGACACACCAGGCAUUCUGGACACGGCAAAAUCCCCAGAAAUCAUCAAAAAAGAAAUUGUGAGAUGUGUUGAAAUCUCCUGUCCAGGUCCUCACGUGUUCCUUCUGGUCAUUCAAGUCGGCCGAUUCACCAAAGAAGAGAAAAACUCUGUGGAAGCCCUGCAGGAGCUGUUUGGUCCACAGGCUAACCAUUACAUGAUUGUGUUGUUCACCCGCGGUGGUGAUCUUGGAGACAUGACAAUAGAGCAGUAUGUACAUAAAGGCAGUAAAGAGCUUAAAAACAUUACCCGAAGAUGUGGAAAUAGGUUCCACGUCUUUGAAAACACAAACAGGGGCAGAAAGCAAGUGGUGGAGCUAAUCAGCAAGAUUGAUCGCAUGGUGGCAGAGAACAGGGGUGCGUUCUACACAGAUGAGAUGUUUCAAGAGGUGGAGGCUGCACGGAAAAUGGGAAUGCGAGUCGCUCAGUACAGGUUCCUAGCUCCACUGCACGAGAGCAUUUUACGUUUUCAUUCCAUUCUUGCAAGAGAUUAAAUCAAUGUGAUAAACAAUCUAAACACAAGCAGUAUACUGUUAACAUGACAGCCUGUGCACCCAUAUGUAAACAUAUGAAAUAUGUUAAUUAAUUAAUUAAUCUCUGACACACACUUUGUGUAGAUAAUUGGGUAGCAUUAAUUUGCUUUAAUUUAUCAGAAUAAAUAUAAAAUAAAAACACGUUUUUUAGCGUGUCCUUGGAUGCUAAUGGGGUAUAUUAAAGUUUAAUAAUAACCAUAAUGCAAGUUUUGAAUCUGAUACUAAUUAUUAGAUAAAAGUACUUCUUGUAUUUAUUCUAAAUGUACCAGUCCUAAAUCAUUGUAGUUUAUAUGUCUAAACUCAACUCUAUUAUGUAUUCUAAAUAUAUGUAUUUAAAUCCAUUUUUUUCAUCACAACGUUGCUUUAAA